CUGAUUUACCUCUCUCUCUCUCUCUACAACUUUCUCUCUCUAAACCUUUAUUUUUAUUAACUCUCUCGCCCUCUGUCUGGCUUUGUAAUCCCCUCUGUCCACGACAUUCUCUCUCUAAAUCUCUUUUUACGACUCUUGCUUUCUCUCUCUAUCUGGUUUUUUCCCCUCUCUCUCUACCGUUUAAUUUCCAUCCGUUAAAAUUUAAAAAUUCCGGGAAAUGCGGUAUUUUCCAUCGCAGGACCUUGGGGCGUGAUCAUUCAGCGAAAUUAGGGUUUCGUUGUGCGCUCUUUGAAUCUUCUUUUCAUGCUUCCGCAUACUAUUUCAGAUUCGGGUUUGAUGAUCUGAGAAAAUGCAGGGUUUCCUUUAAAUUACCUUUGGAGUCUAGGGUCUUUCUCCAGUCACUACGUUGUCUUCUCCGUUCUAGGUUUCCUUCAACCUAUAAACUACACGGAACCGCUCUUUUCCACUACUCUGUAUCUGGAAACUAGGUUUGAACUUUCAAUCAGUUGCACCCUGUAAUCAAAGUUCACAGUUCUCUGGAGGCUAUUCUUUUUCUGGUUACUGCUCAGAAACUGUAAACUUUUCGAUAUAGCGAAAAUGCAGAGGCCGCUUCAAUCAGAGGACUAUUCCUUAAAGGAGACAUCACCCCAUCUCGGAGGAGGUGGCGUUCAUGGAGAUAAGCUCACGAGCACUUAUGAUCUUGUCGAGCAAAUGCAGUACCUCUAUGUCAGGGUUGUAAAAGCCAAAGACCUCCCUACAGAUGUUACAGGAAGUUGUGAUCCCUAUGUGGAGGUGAAGCUUGGAAACUACAAGGGAACAACCAGGCAUUUUGAAAAGAAGACAAACCCUGAAUGGAACCAGGUAUUUGCAUUCUCUAAAGAACGAAUCCAAUUCUCUGUGAUCGAAGUCACUGUGAAAGAUAAGGACCUGGUAAAAGAUGAUUUUAUUGGGAGAGUUACGUUUGAUCUCAAUGAAAUCCCUAAAAGAGUCCCCCCUGAUAGUCCAUUGGCUCCACAGUGGUAUAGGCUUGAGGACCGAAAGGGAGAUAAGGCUAAAGGCGAGCUUAUGCUCGCCGUUUGGAUGGGUACACAGGCUGACGAAGCUUUUCCUGAAGCUUGGCACUCUGAUGCAGCAACCAUACAUGGUGAAGGUCUUAGUAAUAUAAGAUCGAAGGUUUAUUUGUCACCCAAGCUCUGGUAUCUUAGAGUUAAUGUUAUCGAAGCCCAAGAUUUGGUGCCUAGUGAUAAGGCUCGGUUCCCUGAAGUUCAUGUCAAGGUUAUGCUUGGGAGCCAGGGUAUGAAAACUAGGGUUUCUCAGAGCAGGAGCUUGAGCCCACUUUGGAAUGAGGAUUUGAUGUUUGUUGCUGCUGAACCCUUUGAGGAACACCUGGUUAUUAGUGUUGAAGAUAGGAUUGGACCCAAUAAAGAUGAGCUAAUGGGUAAGUGUGUGAUUCCAUUGCAAAGUGUAGAGAAAAGGUUCGAUCAUAAGCCUGUCAAUUCGAGGUGGUAUAAUCUGGAGAAGCAUGCCAUUACGGAGGGGGAGAAGAAGAAGGAGGUCAAGUUCGCAAGUAGGAUUCAUCUGAGGAUCUGUUUGGAUGGUGGCUAUCAUGUUUUGGACGAGUCCACUCAUUAUAGUAGUGAUUUGAGGCCCACUGCUAAGCAACUUUGGAAACCCAGUAUUGGGGUUCUUGAAUUGGGUAUUUUGAAUGCUCAAGGCCUCUUGCCCAUGAAAACAAAGGAUGGGAGGAACACUACUGAUGCUUAUUGUGUUGCCAAAUAUGGCUCAAAGUGGAUUCGAACCAGAACGAUCAUAGACAGUUUCACUCCCAAAUGGAAUGAGCAAUACACAUGGGAAGUUUAUGAUCCGUGUACUGUGGUUACAGUUGGGGUUUUUGAUAAUUGCCAUUUAGCUGGGGACAAAGCUAAUGGAACCAAGGACUCGAGAAUUGGUAAAGUUAGGAUUCGACUCUCUACUCUCGAAACUGAUCGGGUUUACACCCAUUCUUACCCCCUUUUGGUUUUGCAUUCUUCUGGGGUUAAGAAAAUGGGUGAGGUUCAAUUAGCAGUUCGGUUUGCUCGCUCGUCUCUGCUUAAUAUGCUGCAUAUCUAUUCCCAACCUUUGCUUCCUAAAAUGCAUUAUCUUCACCCCUUAUCAGUGACGCAGCUUGAUAGCCUGAGGCACCAAGCUACCCAAAUUGUUUCGAUGAGGCUGAGUAGGGCCGAACCCUCUUUGAGGAAAGAGGUUGUUGAGUAUAUGCUAGAUUAUGAUUCUCAUAUGUGGAGUAUGAGGAGAAGCAAAGCGAAUUUCUUUAGAAUCAUGUCGGUUAUGAGUGGGAUGAUUGCUGUAGGGAAAUGGUUGGACAAAAUUUGUAAUUGGAAGAAUCCCCUAACAACUAUAUUGGUACACAUCCUCUUCCUCAUUCUGGUUCUCUACCCUGAACUCAUACUCCCGACCAUCUUCCUCUACAUGUUUUUGAUUGGUAUAUGGCACUAUCGAUGGAGGCCAAGGCAGCCUCCUUACAUGGAUACUCGACUCUCUCAUGCUGAAAAUGUUCACCCUGAUGAAUUGGAUGAGGAAUUUGAUACUUUUCCCACUUCGAGGCAUUCUGAUAUAGUGAGGAUGAGGUAUGAUAGACUGAGAAGUGUGGCUGGAAGAAUACAAACUGUAGUGGGGGAUAUGGCCACUCAGGGUGAAAGAUUGCAGUCCUUAUUGAGCUGGAGGGACCCAAGGGCCACUGCCCUGUUCGUUACCUUCUGUUUUCUGGCAGCAAUUGUUCUUUAUGUGACUCCUUUUAGAGUGGUGGCCAUUUUAACAGCCUUUUAUGUGUUGAGGCACCCGAGAUUUCGCCACAAGCUCCCCUCUGUGCCUCUGAACUUCUUUAGGAGGCUCCCUGCAAAGACUGAUAGCAUGCUAUGAGCAUCACAAGCAUUUGGUUGGUCUUGGUUCUAGUAUACACCUCUUUGACGCGAGAUCUAUUUUUCUUCUCUCUCUCGAAUUUUUAGCGGGUUCUUGUGAAAGUUUGGAAGGUGGGUUUCUUCUUACUCGUUUGGAUAUGGAGGAGGUUUAUAUAGUGACCUGAUGGACUUGUUUACUUUGUUAGUCUGUGUUGGUCUCUUGCUUGCUAUUGUGUUCACUCAAUUGGGUUGCUGCUUCAGUUGCUGGUUAUAGGAAAGGAAACGGGCAGCUGAGCUUUUGUGUCCUUUGCAGACCAAUGGUUGAUGCUUUGUCUUGAUCUACUGUAUAAUUGCCCCAUCUUAUGUUGGUAGGAUAUUAACUUUGCAGCUUUCUUUCUUUCUUUCUCUCUUUCUUUUUUUUCCAUUCUUAAGACUCCUUUUCUCAAUUGCUCCUGUUUCUUCUGUCUUUGAUAAUCAAUGGAUGUUGAUUCCUUGGUUUUCCUAGCUGUUGCUUUGUCUUGAUCUUCUGUAUAAUUGCCCCCUAUUAUGUUGGUAGGAUAUUUACUUUGCAGCUUUCUCUUUUUUUCCGUUUUUCGUUCUUAGAUUCCUUUUCUCAAUUGCUCAUGUUUCUUCUGUCUUUGAUAAUCAAUGGAUGUUGAUUCCUUGGUUGUCCUAGCUGUGUUUCUUCCUCUUUUGAUGCAAAAGGUACGUCUUAAUUCA